UCUCCAACACAACAUACUAGCCAAUACUACCGCCUUAUCCACAUGCAUUGGAGUCCUGGGCCCCGGCGUACCGGCUCCAGCCAUGUCGGCAAGGAAUGCAGCGGCUGGCGGCGGUGACAGAGCGACAGGGGAACCGACAGGGGAUGUGCUGGUGGAGGAAAACCAAAGCCAUUCUGUCUCUCUGCCCAGCUUGAUGACCCCCACCUCAGCCGCUGGCAUGACCUCGGGAAUGGAACUGCCCCGGAAACGCAAGGGAAGCAUGGACAUGGAAACCAAAUCGGCCUCCAAUCUGGUUGCAGAUAUGAAAGAUGAAGAAGACCGGUCUGAAGGGGAGGACUCUCAGGCAAAAAUUAAAUGCUUCAGGGAACCUCACAGCCAGAUCGAGAAGCGGCGGCGGGACAAGAUGAACAACCUGAUCGACGAGCUGUCGGCCAUGAUCCCCACCUGUAACCCCAUGUCCCGCAAGCUGGACAAACUCACUGUGCUCAGGAUGGCUGUGCAGCACCUCAAAUCCCUCAAAGGUUCCACCUGUUCCUUUACUGAAGCCAAUUAUAAGCCUUCAUUCCUCCCUGAUGACGAGCUCAAACACCUCAUUCUCAAGGCUGCAGAUGGGUUCCUGUUCGUAGUGGGCUGUGAUCGCGGAAAAAUAGUAUUUGUCUCAGAGUCCGUCGCCAAGACACUGAAUUACAGCCAAACAGAACUGAUUGGACAGAGUCUCUUUGACUACAUUCACCCAAAGGACAUGGGGAAAGUAAAGGAGCAGCUCUCAGCUUCUGAGUUAUACCCCCGCGAGAGACUAAUAGAUGCCAAAACGGGCCUGCAGGUCCAGGCUGACCUCCCGGUCGGAGCAGCUCGGCUGUGUCCAGGUGCGCGACGCUCCUUCUUCUGCCGCAUGAAGUACCACAAGAUAUCAGUCAAACAGGAGGACAAGGAAUUCCAGCCCAGUACCUCCAAAAAGAAAGAGUCUGAGAAGUACUGCACUGUCCACUGCACGGGCUACAUACGCAGCUGGCCCACCAGUCAGCUUGGGGAGGAAGGGGGCGAGGGGGAGGCUGACAAGGACAGCUCCCACUUCAGCUGCCUGGUGGCCGUGGGCCGCGUCCACCCCCACGUUGCCUCUCUGGUCAGCGGGGUCAACGACGUCCUGGUCAAAGCAACGGAGUUCGUCACACGCUAUGCCAUGGACGGCAAGUUCACCUUCGUCGACCAACGAGCCACCACUGUCCUAGGAUACUUACCCCAGGAGCUGCUUGGGACGUCAUGCUACGAAUACUUCCAUCAAGAUGACUUGCCACAUUUAGCAGAACGUCAUCGAAAAGUGCUGCGGAGUAAAGAGAAAAUUGAGACAAAUUGCUACAAAUUCAGAACGAAACAUGGCUCUUUUGUCACACUACAAAGUCAGAUGUUUAGUUUUAUAAAUCCCUGGACCAAAGAAGUAGAAUACAUAGUGUCAACCAAUACUGUCAUAUCCAGUGACCACAGUCGAACAGACAGAUCUGGGGACAAAGCAGAACAGUUGAGUAAUUCCAAGGCUUCUGAAGACGAUGGCAAUAAGUCUCUCCCCAUCAUCCUGGGGAUCUCCAGUACUUCCAGUACCAUGGUCUACGCGGGGAGUAUCGGGACCCAGAUCGCUAAUGAGCUGCUGGACUACAACAGGAUGAACUCAUCCCCAUCCAGCGGUAAUGUCAGCCCCUUCACUGUGCUGAAGGACAAGUCUCCUCUGCAACUCACACUGUCCAGCAGCAACGUGCCAAAUGGAGAGGUGGCAGACCUGGAGAUGCCAGGGAAGUCCAGUUCAGAGGAAGGAGAACAACAAGAACACAGAAGACCACAAUUCCCUGCAGGAGAAUCACUCAUGGGGGAAACUUCCCAGCUGGAUAUGGAGAAUAUGAUGGACCCCGGCCUGGGAGGCCUUAGUAAUGAUGAGGCAGCCAUGGCAGUGAUAAUGAGCCUGCUGGAGACGGACGCCAACCUGGGCGAGGCUGUGGUCAUGGACGAGAUGAACUGGUCCCUCUGAACUGGUCCCUCUUUGGCGCAGCUCUACUGAAACUCGCCACAUCUCACACACUGCACUGA